UUCGGGUGUGUCAUUUUCUGUUUGGGGCGGUUUUACAAGAUGUACCAAGAGGGCGCCCAGGCUGCCUGGAGUUACGUAAUCCAUUGUGUGUCCAGGGCAGCUCACAAUCUUAGGAUUUGCCCCGACAAGAAAGCUCAGAAAAGUGCUGAGGAAGGUGUGGGACGGUGGCUGUGCUGGGCUCUCAGGGAGAAGAAGCUCUUCUCUCUCUGGAUUGCCUUUGGAGUUUAUUUCUGCCCAUGGCAUUGGUGCUUCAGUUCAGGCAGCCCGUGGGGGCCCAGCCUCUGCCAGAGCUGUGCCGAGGCAAGCACAUUCGGACAAACUCUUGUGACGUGUGCAACAGCACCGAUCUUCCAGAAGUCGAGAUCAUUAGCCUGCUGGAGGAGCAGCUGCCCCAUUACAAGUUAAGAGCUGAUACCAUCUACGGUUAUGACCACGACGACUGGCUCCACACACCCGUCCUUUCUCCAGAUGCCAACAUUGACCUCACAACCGAGCAAAUUGAAGAGACCCUGAAGUACUUCCUUUUAUGUGCUGAAAGAGUUGGCCAGAUGACUAAGACAUAUAAUGACAUUGAUGCUGUCACUCGCCUUCUUGAGGAGAAAGAGCGGGAUUUAGAGUUGGCUGCUCGGAUUGGCCAGUCGUUGUUGAAGAAGAACAAGACCCUCACCGAGAGGAACGAGCUGCUGGAGGAGCAAGUGGAACACAUCAGGGAGGAGGUGUCUCAACUCCGGCACGAGCUGUCCAUGAAGGAUGAGCUGCUUCAGUUCUACACCAGCGCCGCCGAGGAGAGCGAGCCCGAGUCUGCGUGCUCCACCCCGUUGAAGAGAAAUGAGUCAUCUUCCUCAGUCCAGAAUUACUUUCACCUGGAUUCUCUUCAAAAGAAGCUAAAGGACCUUGAAGAGGAAAACGUCGUACUUCGAUCCGAGGCCUGCCAGCUGAAGACGGAGACCAUCACCUACGAAGAGAAGGAACAGCAGCUGGUGAACGACUGCGUGAAGGAGCUGAGGGACGCCAACGUGCAGAUUGCGAGCAUCUCAGAGGAACUGGCUAAGAAGACCGAAGAUGCUGCUCGCCAGCAAGAGGAGAUCACACACCUGCUAUCGCAAAUAGUUGAUUUGCAAAAGAAGGCAAAAGCGUGUGCAGUGGAAAAUGAAGAACUGGUCCAGCACCUGGGGGCUGCUAAGGAUGCCCAGCGACAGCUCACGGCCGAGCUGCGUGAGCUGGAGGACAAGUACGCCGAGUGUAUGGAGAUGCUUCACGAGGCACAGGAGGAGCUCAAGAACCUUCGCAACAAGACCGUGCCCAACGCCACGUCCCGGCGCUACCACUCGCUGGGCCUGUUUCCCAUGGACUCCUUGGCAGCCGAGAUCGAGGGAACGAUGCGCAAGGAGCUGCAGUUGGAAGAGCCUGACUCUCCAGACAUCGCUCACCAGAAGCGAGUCUUUGAGACCGUGAGGAACAUCAACCAGGUUGUCAAGCAGCGGUCCCUGACGCCCUCCCCCAUGAACAUCCCCGGUUCCAACCAGUCCUCGGCCAUGAACUCCCUCCUGUCCAGCUGUGUCAGCACCCCCCGGUCCAGCUUCUACGGCAGUGACGUCGGCAACGUCGUCCUGGACAACAAGACCAACAGCAUUAUCCUGGAAGCAGAGUCAGACAACCUGGGAAACAAGGAGCAGAAUAAGAAGCCCGGGACACCGGGCACCCCGGGCUCCCAUGACCUGGAGACUGCGCUGAGGCGGUUGUCCCUCCGCCGGGAGAAUUACCUCUCCGAGAGGAGGUUCUUCGAGGAGGAGCAAGAGAGGAAGCUCAGGGAGCUGGCGGAGAAGGGCGAGCUGCCCAGCGGCUCCCUCACGCCCACCGAGAGCAUCAUGUCCCUGGGCACGCACUCCCGCCUCUCCGAGUUCACCGGCUUCUCGGGCAUGUCCUUCAGCAGCCGCUCCUACCUGCCUGAGAAACUCCAGAUCGUGAAGCCGCUGGAAGGUUCCGCCACCCUACACCACUGGCAGCAGCUGGCCCAGCCUCACCUCGGGGGCAUCCUGGACCCCCGGCCCGGUGUGGUCACCAAGGGCUUCCGGACGCUAGACGUUGACCUGGACGAAGUAUACUGCCUUAACGACUUUGAAGAAGACGACACAGGUGACCACAUUUCCCUCCCGGGCCUAGCUACCUCCACGCCAGCACAGCAGCCAGAGACCUCAGGUGAGAGGUCCCGAGCACACGUGACUGUCUCAGGCAGCAGAAGUUACCAGAGCCGGCCUCAGGCUUUCCCAGAAGAGAUGCAGGAGCCGCCAGCGGCCACGGAGGAGGAGGAGGAGGAGGAGGGGUCUGCACACCACCCUGGGAAGUGCAUGUCACAGACCAACUCCACCUUCACCUUCACUACCUGUCGCAUCCUGCAUCCUUCAGACGAGCUCACGCGGGUCACGCCAAGCCUUAACUCGGCCCCGACUCCAGCUUGUGGCAGUGCCAGCCACUUGAAGUCCACGCCGGUGGCCACGCCGUGUACUCCCCGGAGACUCAGCCUGGCCGAAUCCUUCACUAACAUCCGUGAGUCCACGACCACUAUGAGCACGUCCCUGGGGCUGGUGUGGCUGCUGAAAGAGCGGGGCAUUUCGGCGGCUGUGUAUGACCCCCAGAGCUGGAACAGGGCCGGCCGGGACCCCCUCCUGCACUGCUACACGCCCAGGAUGGCUGUGAUCCCCUCCACCCCGCCCAACUCGCCCACGCAGACGCCCACGUCUUCCCCGCCCUCCUUCGAGUUCAAGUGCACGAGCCCUCCCUACGACAACUUCCUGGCUUCCAAGCCGGCCAGCUCCAUCCUGAGGGAGGUGAGGGAGAAGAAGAACGUCCGGAGCAGCGAGAGUCAGACAGAUGUGUCAGUCUCCAACCUCAACCUCGUGGACAAAGUCAGGAGGUUUGGCGUGGCCAAAGUGGUGAACUCAGGGCGAGCCCACGCCCCCACCUUGACUGAGGAUCAGGGACCUCUCCUCUGUGGGCCCCCGGGCCCAGCACAGGCCCUCGUCCCUGGAGGCCUGGUACCGGAGGGCCUGCCCCUCGGAUGCCCCACUGUCACCAAUGCCAUCGGCAGGCUACCGCUCAAUAGUGGCAUCCGACGGAAUCGCAGCUUCCCCACCAUGGUGGGGUCGAGCAUGCAGAUGAAGGCCCCCGUGACUCUGACCUCGGGCAUCUUGAUGGGUGCUAAGCUCCCCAAACAAACUAGUUUGCGGUGAGGGUAGGAUGGGGGCCCUUUGGAGGAGGAGUCCAAUCUUGUCCCGCCGCCCUGUCUUCCCCCCUGCACUGCCCUGUCUCCCUCUUCCCUCCUCGUCCAUCCUCUCCUGAGCUAGACAAAUCAACCUCGUGCCUACUGGGGAAGAGUGGACACUGUCAAAUGUGUACAUACGACUUGGAGACCUGUAUCCGCCCCUCCCGUUCUGUACAUCCCACCCGAGUGCCCCAGCACUGUCACUGCUCUCCUGAGGACUUCACCUGCACCAGCCUGGGGGCAGGGCAGGCAGGUGUCCUUUUCUCCUCCUGUCCUUCGAGAAGCACUGAAACUCCAAUGGCGUUCUUAUCCCAUGGAUAGGAAACCAGUGAAUUCGUAGCUGGCUGCCAGUGCUGCACGUAGUGAGCUGUCACGCGGCAGAGGGCACAGGGACUCAGUGUCGGUGUUGCUGGGCCCCUCGCCCACCUGUAAGAGUGUCAGGAGCCUCCGUCAGCAGCCACAUGCAACUGACGUAGCUUUCAGGACUAGAGAGCUGUUUUUUGUUUUGUGGGUGGCCUUCAGACCUUCACUAUUCUGCCUCGGUGGAUGGCCGCUUCUUUUUUGAGGGAUGACUUUUUCUUUCCAUGCCUUCAACCUAAAGUCUUCCUUCAGUGUUUUAUAAUCAGCCGUCGGGCCAGCUGUCUGACCCAUCUGAAAGCGAAUGCGUUUACACUCCCACUGCACCGGUGGUUCAGCAGCCCCCGUGGGUUCUGUGUGGUUUGUUUUACUUUUCCAUUUUUUUAUGGGUAGGGAGGUAAUGGUACUAGAUGGGAAGUCAUAGUGGAUGUUCCUCUCUGUGGUUCUCCGACACCCCGAAAUGCACAUGGCAAACACCUCAAGCCACUAAGGAGACAGCAGCUUAUUUCUGGGACCCAGUGUCACAACCAAAUUUAGUAAGACCAGACCCAAGACAGCUUGAACAAUAGGAUUGAAGGGGAAAGGGAGAGGGAAAAACGGUGAAUGAAAUUUGCCAACAGUAACGGUAAAACAAACCACAACCAAACGUAGGCUCACAGGGAAAACGAGGCUUUGACUUCUGCCGAGCCCACCCCUUACGCUGAAACCCGCGUCUGGGCCAUGUGCUUUCACCUCCGUGGUCUUUCGUGGCAGCCAUGCGAUGCUUGCACGUUUCACCCCCUCGUUUCAGAACAGAACAGUCACAGCAGGAUAUUUCCUUCCCCUCAAAGCCCUGCUCUCCUUGUGCCCCUUUUUUAUCCUUAGGCAAAGGCAGAGGUGCUCGUGAGAGGAACCAUGAAUGAGCGAGGGAGCCUGGCCCUGCUGCUGUCACCGACUACGUUUUGAACUUUUAUUUAUUAUUUAUGUGUGCUGUAUUUUAAACAGACGUCCUCUCUCCUUUCCAGCUCCAGCCACAGUGUGUCUGUGGCAUUCCAGGGUGAAGCAGGUCAUUUAUUUAUUCUCAUCUGAAGACUGCAGUGUCCAUCACGGCCUUCCGUGGCCGUUUGUUCCAGGCAUUUAUGGAAGGAUAACAUCACAUGCAAAUGAAAUGGCUGUGUUCCGUCACCCCUUGGCAAAAGAUGUGUCCUUCAAUUGAAUGGCUGUAACCUUAUGUCCACUGAGGAUACUCUGAGAAAGUCCCCAGGAGCCAGCUUCAGUCCCACACCAUAUUCUCUGAACAUGAGGAUGCUGGUUAAUUAUGUUUUUAACCCUCCUUGUGGUUUGUACGUGUGCACUCACUGCAAGGAACUUAUAUCACUUUGUGUGAAUGUAUUUGAAAGCGGUAGGUAGAAAAACCAAGGUAUGAAAACCGUGAACUGAAUGGACCACUUUGCGUAGUCAGAGAGAGGAGCCCACCCCUCAUCACCAAGGAAACACCACUGUAAAAAUCAGCAGUGCGGACGUUGCAGUAUUUAGUAUAGUAAAUAAAUGAUCAACCUUGGGCAACCACUAUCAAAAAGUGUGUUGUAAUGCAUCAAAAAUCAACAAUAAAAUUUUAUUUGCUAACGAAUAUCAAUAAAAUAAGUUCAAAUGAUGGAAACCA